UACCGAUUCAAAUCAACCAUAUUCUUUAAUUCAACUGAUAUUAUGAUAAUGUUUCUCUAUUCUCCAAGUUCAUUAGUGGUGAACGUAUUUCAACUCUUAAUCCAAAUAUAUUCAAACGGAAUGUCAACUCUCAGUGAUCUAUAUAAAAAAACUGCAGAUACAUACGUAUAAUCAUUUAUUAACUCUUGAGAACCAUUUUGGUAGGCUCUAUAGAUAGAGAUCAAAGAGAUGGCUUUCAACGAUCCUUCACUAAACGCAAUCAUCCUUUGGUUUGCUGCCGUAACGUCUCUCGUGACCAUCUCCGUUAUCUUCGCCCUUCUCGUUCUUUGUUUACUCAAACGCCGUAGGUUUGAUGUAUCACCGGAAGAAGAGAACGAGUACCACGGAAGAAGAGAGCCACCGUGUCAAGGGCUUAGCGCUUCCGUGAUUGCAGCUUUUCCCACCUUUUCUUACAAACAGGAUAACAACGAUCCCGAGAGCAACAAUCAGGAGAUCGAGUGUCCGGUUUGCUUAGGAUUAAUCCCCAAGAACGUUGUGAUUAAGGUUUUACCAAAUUGUAAGCACAUGUUUGAUGAGGAAUGUAUAGGUAAGUGGCUUGAAUCACACCCAACUUGUCCUGUGUGUCGUAGACUGGCUAAACCGAUGGCUAGCCCUGGGGAUAAGGUCUUAGAAAGUAUAGUGUAGUUGAUGUUUAUAUAUGCGAAUGUAUAUUUUUUAAAUUUUUUUUGUUGCUAAUUGUAAUAUUAUUUCAGAUUGAUGUGAAAUGUACAAAUGAUAUAACUUAACAUGCAGCUUUGGGUCA